CAGAGCAUGUGGGGGCCGCCGGCCGGCCAGCGCCCCCGGGAGUGAGCGCCAGGUCCGCGUGCUGUGUGUGGUGCCCCCCGUCCCUUAGGAUGAGUAACUGCAGCAGCCGCGCGCUGACGCUGCUUAGUAGCGUGUUCGGGGCCUGUGGGCUGCUGCUGGUGGGCAUCGCGGUCAGCACCGACUACUGGCUUUACAUGGAGGAGGGCAUCGUGCUGCAGCAGAACCAGACCACCGAGAUCAAGAUGGCGCUGCAUGCCGGGCUCUGGAGAGUCUGCUUCUUCGCUGGCCGGGAGAAGGGCCGGUGUGUGGCAUCAGAGUAUUUCCUGGAACCCGAGAUAAACCUGGUGACGGAAAACACGGAGAACAUCUUGAAGACAGUUCGCACGGCCACCCCCUUCCCCAUGGUCAGCCUCUUCCUUGUCUUCACGGCCUUCGUCAUCAGCAACAUCGGCCACAUCCGGCCACAGAGAACCAUCCUGGCCUUCGUCUCCGGCAUCUUCUUCAUCCUCUCUGGCCUGUCUCUCGUGGUGGGAUUAGUUCUCUACAUCUCCAGCAUCAACGAUGAGGUGAUGAAUCGGCCCAGUGGGUCGGAGCAGUAUUUCCACUAUCGCUACGGCUGGUCCUUCGCCUUCGCAGCCUCCUCCUUCCUCCUCAAAGAGGGCGCCGGCGUGAUGUCCGUAUACCUUUUCACAAAGCGCUAUGCGGAAGAGGAGAUGUACCGUCCCCACCCGGCCUUCUACCGCCCACAGCCUGAGCGACUGCUUGCCGACUACUCGGGCCAGUUCCUGCACCCGGAGGUGUGGCACCGCGGGCGCAGCCCCUCCGACAUCUCCAGCGACGUCUCCAUCCAGAUGACCCAGAAUUACCCCCCUGCUAUCAAGUACCCCGAGCACAUGCACAUAUCCACCUCGCCCUGCUAGGCCAGCCCCCCAGACCAUCCCCCACCGGGGCCUGCCAGCCGCCCCCCACCCCAGAGACUGU